CUUUUGUUGUCUUAUCAAUUCCCGAUCAAAUCCCCUUUACCCCUCGAUAGAGAAUUGUCACACGCUCUCUCUCACGCACACUCCACCAAAGGGUUAUUGAGAGGAAACAACCAUUGCCAAUUGCAUUGUCAUUCCCAAGCUCAAAGCUCAGUCCUCUCCAAUCCCAAUUUUGGACAGAAGUGGAAGAGGAUAGAGAGAGUGACGACUGAGGAAUGGCGGGAAAAUUGAGCAAGUGCGUGAUGCUCUGCUGCCCAGGAAAGCUCCCGAAGGAAGACAUGGCAACUGACAAGUACGAUCAAGCCAUUGCCGAGCUCUCCAAGCUCCUCAGCGAGAAGGCCGAGCUCCAAGGCGUUGCCGCCGCGAAGGUGAAGCAGCUGACGGCGGAGCUGCAGUCGGCCGCCCAAGGAUUUGACCCAGUCGGGCGGGUCAAAACCGGGUUCGCCCAUUUCAGGACCGAGAAAUACGAAAAGAAUCCUGAUUUAUACGGACAGCUUGCAAAAGGCCAGAGCCCAAAGUUCAUGGUGUUCGCAUGCUCGGAUUCAAGGGUCUGCCCAUCGCACGUCCUUGACUUCCAGCCGGGGGAGGCCUUCAUGGUCAGGAACAUUGCGAACAUGGUCCCUCCAUAUGACAAGACGAAAUACUCGGGAGUGGGGGCAGCCAUUGAAUAUGCGGUUCUGCAUCUCAAGGUGGAGAACAUUGUGGUGAUAGGGCAUAGCUGUUGCGGAGGUAUAAAGGGGCUCAUGUCUAUCCCCGACGACGGGGCCACCUCCAGCGAUUUCAUUGAACACUGGGUGAACAUCUGUGCACCGGCAAAGUCCAAGAUUAAGACCGAACACAGCAGCCUGAGCUUCGAGGAGCAGUGCCACAACUGCGAGAAGGAGGCCGUGAACGUUUCACUUGGGAACCUUUUGACAUAUCCGUUCGUGAGAGAAGCAGUUGUGAAGAAAACUCUGGUUCUCAAGGGAGCUCAUUAUGAUUUCGUCAAGGGAAGCUUCGAGCUGUGGGAUCUCGACUUCAAGAUCUUCCCUUGCUUGACCGUCUGAGCAAACCGGCCAAUUGUGUCUGCUGUAUUCAGUAGUUCCCGUUACAUAGCUAAGGUGUCUGCGACUGUGUACUUUUGUACAUGUUAUUGGCGGAUGGAUAAUAAAUUUUGUGAGCAGAACUUGGCUCCUUUUUCUUUCUUUUUUUUUUUCAACUCUGUAAUAAAUAUUAUUCUCGUGUUUGCAAUAACAAAUUCCUGCUGUUUCUGCACCAA